GGAUCCGCAUCCGACGGCCAGAACGAGAACAUUCCAAAAAUCCUGAGAAAUCACCCUUUUUCACAGUAACCCUCCUUUCAUGCUUCCUGAAAUCGAACCAAACGGCCAGACGAAAGAACACGACCCGGCCAUGAAAGCGAAAGAAAUGAGGAGAAGAACAAAACCCCACUUCAAAAAUCCAAUGCCUCUUCCAGCAUAAAUCUUCUUCUUCUUCCACUUCUGAAGCUGCGAGCGCCGAUCGGUUCUUCUCAGGUCCUCCGGAUGUCGACUCGGCAGCAUUUGGCGGAAGAUAUCCAGCUCUCUCCAAUGAAUUUCUCCAGCCAUGUUUGAAAUCCGAGAUUGGUUUUUAUGGUAGGUGUAGAGAAGGAAUUUUUAUUUUACACAUUCUUUUGAUUCUUUGGAUUCUUCAAAAGCUUCGGAUUCUUUGUAUUCUUUCUUUCUUUUUCCAAAUUUAGAAACCCAGAUUCAUUUAUAGCAUUAUUCGUACAGCUCAAUUCUUCUAUCAUUUUCAUUUCUUGUGCUUAAUUACAUUCAGCCCAGAUUUUCAACUACUGAAAUUUUCCGAUAUCUUUCUCUCGGUUUUGUCGUUAAAGAGUGCGAAAGAUUGUUUGAAUUUUAAGAAAAUUACAGAAAAAACAUAGAUUUGAGGGAGAUAUAAGGAAAAGGAAAAACAAGGGGUUGAAUUGAAUUUCUAAAAUAGAAAAAGAAAAUUGGAAGAGUAUAGAGGAUGUUGGCUGGGUGCCCUACGCUGCUGUCGCCAAGGCACCGAUUGAAGAGUGAGGCUUCCGUGCAGUUAAAAGCUUGCCAUUUCCAACAGAAAUUGGGUUCGAUGAGUACGCAGCGAUUGGAUCUCCCUUGCAGCUUCACACGAAAAGAGGCUGCCCCACGAUUGCAACCAUCGAGGGCCGUCGGCCUUUCAGUGGAAAAACCAAUUGAAGGCAUGGGUAAUUGCUCUAUUCGGAGAAACGUUCGGUGCCCGUCUCCAAUUUCCACACAAUCGACAUUUUGGGAAGGAAGAAGAGAGAUUGAAGAUGGGUUCUGGGAGAAGAAGAAGAAGAGCUUGAAACGCUUCUCUGAGCAGAGCUCAUCGGAGGAAUCUUGCAUAAACAGAGCCAAGAGGAAAAGGAGUAGCAGUGAUAACACGACGCCGGACAAUUCUUCAGAAGGAGAGAGGCUAAGCGUUAGCCAAUUGUGUGGUGGGGAUCUCUGGUUUCAUCGGAUGGUUGAGGAGCCUCGAUCGAUGCUGGGCAUUACAAGCCUCGAUCCUCCUCCUCCUCCGCUUCCUUUUUCUAUGUCAUCUUCAGCUGAGGAAGAAAGGGUCUGUUUUCCACACACGGAGCCGAUCUUCGCUCCAAUUCCACUGUUGAACAAUCCUUGGGUGGAAUCUAUUGUGACAGAAAUCACAGAUAAAGGCGAUAAGGAUGCUGAUACAAGCGAAGGGCCUAAGCAGACGAAGUCGAGUUCAAGCACAUCAUCAGAUACCCAUAGCUUGAGUUUGAAAUUGAAUAAGAACUCUUCUGAUCAUGAAACAGGGAAUGGGUCCCAGGUCCCUUACCAUUCGGAGGGUCACGGAGCAGCGGGCCAUGAGAAUAUCCACUCGGAGCAUCAGGGUCUUGAGCUUGUAAGCUUGCUCAUGGCCUGCGUUGAAUCGAUAGGAACUAAGAACUUCGCAGCUAUCAGCCAGUUCCUGUCUCGGUUGGGCCAGCUUGCCUCUCCUGAAGGAACUCCAAUUCACCGGGUGGUAGCAUACUUCACAGAAGCUAUAGCUAUCCGAACUGUCAAGCUCUGGCCCCACAUUUUCCAUAUCGUUGUCCCUAGAGAUCUCGACAGAACAGAGGAUGAGGUGGCCACUGCAUUCCAACUUCUCAACCACAUUAGCCCGAUCCCGAAAUUCCUCCACUUCACAUCGAAUGAGAUGGUGCUGAGAGCAUUCGAAGGAAAAGAUCGCGUCCACAUCAUAGAUUUCGACAUCAAACAGGGGCUUCAGUGGCCUGGUCUGUUCCAAAGCUUGGCUUCCAGGCCUAAUCCCCCAACCCAUGUCCGGAUUACGGGGAUUGGUGAAUCAAAACAAGAGCUCCAAGACACAGGUGAGAGACUGGCAGGGUUCGCGGCAGCCUUGAAUCUUCCCUUCGAAUUCCAUGCUGUUGUGGACAGGUUGGAGGACGUGAGGCUGUGGAUGCUUCACGUGAAGGAGAAAGAGACCGUGGCCGUGAAUUGCAUGCUCCAGUUGCAUAAGGCACUUUAUGACGACAAUGGUGGGGCUUUCAGAGACUUGUUGGGGCUGAUUCGGAGCACUAACCCGACUGUUGUCCUUAUGGCGGAGCAAGAAGCAGAUCACAACGACGCCAGCUGGGAAACAAGGUUUUCCAAUUCGAUGAAAUACUACUCCGCUAUCUUUGACUCGAUCGACUCUAGUCUACCGUUAGACAGCCCGGCUAGGAUCAAGGUGGAGGAGAUGUUUGCUAGGGAGAUUAGAAACAUAGUUGCAUGUGAAGGGAACGAGAGAAUCGAGAGGCAUGAGAGUUUUGGGACAUGGAGGAGAUUGAUGGAGGAAGGAGGAUUUAGAUGCGUGGGUGUCGGAGAGAGGGAGACCCUUCAGAGUCGAAUGCUGUUGAAGAUGUUCUCGUGCGAGAACUACAGGGUGGAGAAGCAAGGCGAAGAUGGCGGCGGGCUUACUCUCAGCUGGUUAGAUCAGCCUCUAUACACAGUUUCAGCGUGGGCACCGGUCGAUUUCGCUGGCAGCUCCUCCUCUUUAUCUCAGCCUGGUUGAUGAUGGAGAGAUGGUUUUUUUUUUCUUUCUUUCUUUUCAACAGAAAAUUCUUUCUUGUAGGUAGGAAAGCUAUAUUUCUAUUCUUUGAUUCUUUGCUUGCUGUUGGCAUUAUCAUCAGAAAGCUCAAAUACCAUUUCAAGAAGAGUAAUAGCUUUAUACCCAUUUCAGUUCUUCUAGAAGUAGAUUGUUUAGAGUUCAUUUUAGCAUCAUUUGGAGUCUUUUAUUGUUUUGUGGGCAUUCUUUGAUUCUUUUCUUCCUAUUAGGGGGGAGAACAAUAUCAGGUCUUCUAUUCUUUAUGUAUGUUGGUAUUCUUUUUGUAAUAUUUUCUCUUUUAUUUUUUAACCUUUUUUGGUUGGGGUUUUGUAAUGGCUUACGAUGUUGUUUGGGACCUAUGUAUGUGAAAUAAUAUCAUUGAAUUGUAUGUGUCAA